AUGAAGCCACGGAUAUGGCCUCUGGCAUUUCUCCUUCUCUCGGCCGGAGCUGGCGGUGUUGGCGCUGCGUCCCUCCCGGCCAACGACCUCUUCGCACGAGCGGACCAGUGCGUGAUAUGCGCCGGCACCAACGCCGUGGAUCUGCUCUGCUGCCCCUCCAAACAGUUCUGCAACAUGCUGGCCGCCAACACGACGGUGCUCUGCUGCGAUACGCCCAACGGCUGUGAGAAUAUCAAGCUCAUACCGUGCGAUAUCAACGUACAGAACCCAAAGACGAAUCCCAGCGCCCAGGUAAAGACGACUGCCUUGAACGGCGUCCUGGAACGGUGCGGCAAGCAGUGCUGCCCCUUUGGGUAUUCCUGCAACGUCGAGGAUGGCGAGAGCUACUGCAAGCGGAAUGCAGACCAGAAUGCGGCUCCCAUUCAGACAACGCCAUCGUCAUCGACUGCCCAGCCCACCAGCUCAACCACCAAUUCGGGUACAAGCCCGAGCAGCACCUCGACAGACCCUUCCCGAGCGACCGUGUCACCCGUGGUCGACCAGGGGAGCAGCUCGCCUUCCACCGCCUCCAUCAUCGGCGGCGUGGUAGGCGGCAUCCUCGGGCUCGCUUUCGUCGGCAUCGUCGCGUGCAUCUGCCUGGGCCGGCGGCGGCGGAAGAAGCGGGAGCACAUGGACGCGCUCAAGUUCCACCGCUCCACCUCGUCCUUUGGCAACAUCAUCGCCAACCCCAUCAUCAGCAAGCCCAUCGUCGACGACAGCUCGACCAUGCGCACCGACUUCAACCGCAAGUCGCUCGGCAACACGCCCGGCAACACGCCCGGGUCCUCCCCCGGCGGGCCCAGGCGCGACCCCAACUUUGGCGGCCCCGCGCGGCGGAUGGCGGCGCCCGCCUCGAACUUCUCGGUCAGCAGCAUGGACACCACCAUCACCAACAACAACAAUACCAAUAACAACGCUGUGCCCACCACGCCGCCGCGCGUGCUGCUCAACGGGCAGGUCCCGCCGAUCCGGCAGAUGCGCAACUCGAGCAUCGCCUACGGCGUGCCCGGGCCGGGGCCCAAGGAGGCGCCGUCGACGCCGCUGCGGCAGCGCGAGCCGAGCCUCGAGACGCUCAAGGUGUUUGCGGACCCGCAGACCGUGGGCCGGGACGGCGGCGGGUUCGCCGACCGGCGCCUGAGCAACUUUACCACCUUCUCCAACCUCAUGGAGCAGGCGGACCUCGGCGGGUUCAACCGCGGGGAGCCGUACGUGCCCCCCGGGGCCGCUGGCGGCGCCGGCGGCGCGAACAGCGUGCAGGGGACGCCGGCUUCGAAACGGUGGAGGAGGUAG